CUGCGCAGUAGGCGGCGGCGGCAGGGGCAGGUGAAGGCCGUGGAGCGGCAGCGGCAGCAGCGGGUCCCGGGACUGAGGCAGCAGCGGGGGCAGCGGCGGGCGGAAGCUGAGGUGACGAAGGCGGCGGCGGCGGCGGCGGCGGCCGUUUCCCUCACGGUGGCGGAGACCAAGGCGGCGGCGGCGGACGGGGAGCGGCCCGGCCCCGGCCCCCUGCUCGUUGGCUGUGGCAGGGCCGCCGUGGGGCCAGCCCGGCUCCCGCCCCCCGCGGCUCCCCCUCCGGCUCCUCCUCCGGGGAGACGCCGGGGACCUGGCCCGGCCCGUACUCAGAGCGCUGCUGCAGCCGCCGCCGGGGGAGUCGGAGGCGGUGGCGGCGCCAUGGGCGGCCUGGCCUCUGGGGGGGAUGUGGAGCCGGGACUGCCGGUCGAGGUGCGCGGCUCCAACGGGGCCUUCUACAAGGGCUUUGUGAAGGAUGUCCAUGAAGACUCUGUCACCAUCUUCUUUGAAAACAACUGGCAGAGUGAGAGACAAAUUCCUUUCGGGGAUGUCCGGCUACCACCUCCAGCUGACUAUAAUAAGGAGAUCACAGAAGGGGAUGAAGUGGAGGUUUAUUCUCGAGCCAAUGAGCAAGAACCUUGUGGCUGGUGGCUGGCCCGGGUGCGGAUGAUGAAGGGAGAUUUCUAUGUCAUUGAAUAUGCUGCCUGUGAUGCCACUUACAAUGAGAUUGUCACCCUGGAACGGCUUCGGCCAGUUAAUCCCAAUCCCCUUGCAACCAAAGGCAGCUUCUUCAAGGUUACCAUGGCUGUGCCUGAGGAUCUGAGAGAGGCCUGCUCCAAUGAAAACGUCCAUAAAGAGUUCAAGAAAGCAUUGGGAGCAAACUGCAUCUUUCUCAACAUCACAAAUAGUGAGCUCUUCAUUCUGGUCGGGCCUGCCUUCACCUUCUCCCACUUCCUUCCCCUUCCCCACCCCUCGCCCCCUCCAUGGAGAGGAACAGACCCCUUCUCUGUCCCGUCUAACCCAGGUCCCUCCCCACACCCCUCCUCCCUCCCUUUCCCCCACCCCCUCCUCCCUCCUGGGGCGAGGGGGGCCUCCCUCCCUCUCCCCCCCUUCUCUCUCUCUCCGAGGGGGGGGUCCCGGGGAGGGAGGGGGGGUCCCCGAUCAGCAUGUUCGCUGCCGCCUUCCACCUCGGCCUCGAGGCCCCCUCUGCACGGGAGCCAGACUGGGAAAAAUGAACUGACCAGCAGCAAACGGGGGCGGGGGCGGGGGGCGGCAGGGCAUGGAGAGAGGAAUAAAGAGCGCCAGAGUCCAGGAAACAUUGGUGGUCUGUGGCUUGGAAGCGCCACUCCUUCUGCCAGCCUGGGUCCCUGCCCUUGGCUUCCUGCAAUAAGAAGCCAGUGUCCUCUUCUUGGCCUGAGGGUCCCCUUGGUUUAGUGGCCACAGUCCUGCCAGCAAGCCCCUCCUGGUCCGAUACCAUGCACUAAGUAGAUCUGCAGCUGCAGACUCCAAACCACUGGUCUCUGGGCACCUCCUCUGUGUCUCAGCUGUCCCUGUCCCCAAAGAGCCUCAUACAAGAAGCUGCUUCCAAACUGGGAGGUUCCACAUCUGGGCAGGUCCAGCUCCACGCCCAGUGAAGGGCAUGAAGAAGGCUGAGGCUCUGGACUCCAGCCAGGCCUUCCCCAGGGCUCUGAGGCCAAGGUCUUCCUAGUCUCAGGAGCGGCCAAGAGAUGGAAUGUGUCAUUUGAACAAGUGAGUCACAGGGUGGUGAGUGAAUGAUUGACCGCUCGAGGGGAGGUGGGCCGGCCUCCGGGCCCUGUUUGACUGUCCAGGCUCAGCUUACCUGACCCUGGUUACCAGCGAAUGCCACCCUGGCCCCUCCUUUUCCUCCCCCUCCCUCAUUGUGACCCCAACCACCUGCCCCAUUAUGACCCAGUCCUUCUCCCCCUCUGGCUCCCAGUGAGUAUGUGGAGGCCAGGGGGCCCAGGCAGUCCUGGGACCCGCGGCCAUGGGUGAGCAAACCCACGACCGAGCCCAGCCGUGCUCUGGCACCAACCCCAGGAAAUGCCAGGAACUAGGAGACUCAAUUCUUCUGAUCCUGGGCAGCUUCAUCUUGCUCAACGUGGGGAUCAAUGUGGUGACUCUGGUCAGGGCAGGAUCUGGGCAGUGGGGUUGGGGGAGCCCUGGGGUCUUGAAGGGGCUGA